UUACAUUUAGAUUGAGUGGACAGGGCUUGUACAGUGGAGCAUUGCGUGCACAAGAGGACCAUUUGGUGCUACCCGAAGAAAUACCAAGGAAAACAGCUCACAUCUGAGGAGCGCUGUGAAGGCAGUGGGUGGGUUGGGCUAUUUGGGUUAACUGAGUGAGUGAGUGUAGAGGAGCUUAUGUCAUAAACGUUGUAUAAUAAUACACAAAAAGGAAAGACCUUUUAAUUUCACAGCCUAUGUGUUCCAGCCUGUCCCAUCAGCUUUUUCAGUCACCGUUUUGAGCUGGUCCUCAUUUGGAUUUUGGAGACGAGGAGAGCUCUAAGGAGGCAGAGCAGGAGGAGGAGAAGGAAAUGGAGAUGAUUCCUCACUGUCGUGAGAUCUACCCACUGCCUGAAGAAAUAAAGAAGAUGGAGCGCAGUGAGACAGUGUGCCGUUACUGUGGUGUAACCUACCUCAUUUACUACGAGUUCCAUCAACUCCGCACCCGGCUGGCUCAGUUGGAGACUGAGCUCCAGGAUGUGAGAGGGACUGCUGAGAGAGAGAAGGCCCAGCGAGAGGCACUGGAGCUGGGCAGGCUGGAAUGGGAGAGGGCACUUCACCUGGAGUUGCAGAGGAAAUCAGAAGAGAAGGAGAGCAGCAUGAGAGAAAAGCUGGAAGAUAAGUACAGAGACAUAGAGAGAGUUCUGAGAGAGGAGUUGGAAGAAAAAAAUGAAAGGAGGAGGAGAGAAAUGGAAGAGGAGUAUCAGAAAACCAUUGAAGAAAAAGAGAAACAACUCAGAAGAGAGCUGGGAGACUCAGAGGCGGAGAGACUAAGGAGCCAGGGAGACGAGCUGGAGAGGAGGGCCGAGGAGAGAGAGAAAGUCCUGAAUGACGCACUUCAAAAGGCCAAUAAAAAUUUAGAUGAGCUGAGAAAAUACCUCCAACAGCUGGAAGAGAGGCUGGCGGUAGCAACCUCCACGAAGGAAGAGGCAGAGCGGUUUCUCAGAAAGGAGAAGCAGCGAGGUGAAAUCCUCAGAGAUGUGUGUGUGCAGCAGGAGAAGGCCCUGCGAGCAACUCUCUCCAUGCUCCACUCUGCCAGAAGUAACCUCACCGACGUACGGGGUUUCCUCAUCCAGCUGAUGGGGGCCUGGCAGGCCUUCAAAUCCCAGAUACUGCAGCACAGCACACAGGUGUCCUCAGUGCUGAGACAGGAGCAGAAACGUUCCCACGAGGAGUUACAGAAAAUGAGAGAACAAAAGGAGCACCUAACUCAGCAGCUGAUGGAGAAGAGGAAACAGAGUGAGGAGCAGCUGUCACAACAGGAAGACUCUGAGAGAGAGCACAGAGGAAUAAUACUCAGGUUAAAGGGGGAGUUAGAGGAGAAACAUGAGAGAUGGUUGGCAUGCCAACGAAGGUGCGACACCAUACAGGAGCAGCUGUCGUCAUGGCAACGGAGAGAGGAACAAACGAGCCGGAAGCACUGCGCAGCUGAAGAGGAAGUGACACGACUGAGGGAAGCUCUGGAGAAAGUCCAGAAGGAAACGAAAGAGCUGAGGAGAGAAAGAGAUGUACUGAUAGAGUCCCAUGGCAAAGUCUUGACCAAGAUGGAAGAAGACUGCAGACAGGAAAUGGCCUCAAAGCUGGCUGCUACCCUGGACGAGCAGAGAACCCAGAGUGCAUUGCACCUGAGGAAGCAGAUGGAGACGUUCCGCAGGGAGGUGGAGCUAGAGCUGACGAUCGACAGGGAGAAGAACCAACUACUGCUUCUACAAUACCAACGAGACGGCGCGCAGCUUCAGCAGAAGCUGGAGGAAAGAGAACAGGAGCUGCGAGGACUGAAAGAGGAGCUGCAGCAGGAGAGGAGGAGCAGGGAGGAGGAGAGGAGGACACAGGAUGAACAGAGGAGGAGGAGGAGAGAGGAGGAGAUACACCAGGAGCUGCAGCACUCCCAACAGCAGGAGGCACUACAUCUGAGCCAAGCUAAAGCUGAACUACAGCUGAUGACUGAGAGGAAUAUGGAACUACAAGAAGAGGUGGCGUCACUCCAGGAGACAGUGAGGAGGGAGUGUGAGGAGAGGGAGGAGCUGACUGCUGCUCUGUCUAAAGCUCAAGAGGAGCUCCUAGGGCUGCGCUCCCCAGCGUCUCAUCAGGGCUCCUCCAGGUCUGCUCUAAAACCCAUGGAGAGACACACACCCCCAGGGAACAUGCAUUUCCAUCUCCAUAGACAAGGCCGUGUACCUCUAAGUCGCUCCUCAACCUCCCCAAACACACUCCGACCCUCCCCUGCCUUCACAGACAAAGACAGAGGCCGGGGCACAGAUGGAGGAGGGGCAGGGAGGAGUUUGGAGUCUUGGAAUGGUGGUGGGGUGUUAGGUGGAGAAAAACGGCAAGAGGGGACACUGCCCAGACUGAAAGCAAGCAGCACAGUGAGUGAAGUCAAACGUAAGGUCAGUAUAGUGAUGGGGUGGAAGGAGAGCCUGUAAAAAGCAACAAUAAAUCAUCAAAAUAAACUAUAACUGUAGAGUUGUGUCGAAAUGGUAUUUUAAAAUUAAUUAUUUUAACAGUACUUGUAUUGUUCCCCUAAUAUUUUACAAUAAUGCAUUUUAGUCAAAUAUCCCUCCUACUGUCUGUCUCUGAAAGUAACACACACAUGCAUACGUGUACACAUAAACACACACUUGAUACACAAGACACAACUGCUGAGUCCUGUUCGUACAGCAGCGAACUCCCAGGACACGCACUCUCCGACAGACAUGCACUUGUUUUCUCACAACCCGACUCACGCAGUCUCACUGGCACGCACAGGAUUUCACAGACAAACACCCACACACGCGCCCACAAAGCAUACACACACACACACACACGUACACAUAGACACAUGCAAACACACGCAGCCUGUCACAAGGGCAGGGCUGAAGGAGCAUGACAGCAUGUCCUUUGCCACCCGUGGACACAAACAAAAGGCAGGCAAACACAAAAGAAACUGUAAGGCAAGCACUGACACACACACACACCCAGACACACACACAUAGACACACAACAAUUACCCAGCCCUCUCCCCUUAGGCAUUGUGUGUUAUUGACAUCAUUCACUUCAUGCAAGGUCUUUCCAUCCCUCCCUCCCUCUCUGUCUUCCUCUCCCUCUACAUUUGGGAUGAAUUGGCAUGAUGGGAGAAAUGCGUGAAGUGUGUGUGUAUGUGCGUGUAUGUGUGUGUGUGUGUGGCAUGGGACUAAUUUCCCAGCUUACUGGCACACAUGGAAAGCUUUUGGUUUGACUUCUCUGUGUCCCUGCUUCCAAUCCGCCUGCAAGACAAUGCACGUGCAUGUUGUUUCAUACAGAAAAGGUGGGAUGAUAAUGAUUUUAUCCUGCCAACGUUUCCUCUGUUUGCCAAAACACACACAUAUGGUUUAUCUGCUAAAAACCUCAGUCUGUGCGGAAAGGACGGUCUGAAAUACACAACAAUGAACAUUCUGUGCCAUUAAAACCUCAUUUUCUACCUCCUCUGUUUUCGUCAGAUGGGUAAAUGGGAAAUUUCCCAUCACACAUGACAAACUGAUUCAUGUUUUUUCUCUUAAAGCUGGUUAACAUGGAUUCACAAUAAAGAAAUUAAUUUAGGUUUUUAAUUUAUUUUAAUAAGAUUUCCAAGUAAAUCUUAAUUACUCCAGAAAAACCUUUCACAUGCUGUAAGCCAUGGUUAUGUCAUUGAAUUUUAGUAAGUAGACUUGAUUUAGAAGACAUCUCUAAUCGUCCCUUGAAAAAAAAAAAACAUAUUCCCCUGUGAUUUAUGUGGCAACGGUAGCAUUUAUUUUGUGCUUUGUAGCGGACUUCUUGUUGCCUUCCUGUGUUCUGUGAGUGUGUGCUGGUGUGUGGCCUUGUGUGUGUUUACUCAUUGCAUGACACUUUGCUGCGUGCGUCUCCGGUGAGUGAUUGUUUCUGUCCUAACAGCACCAUCGCUCACGUUCUGUAAUCACGUAUUGUCAGUCAAGGACAUCGAUUGUACAGUCAACAUCACAAUGUAGUGUGCGCGCGUGCGUGUGUCCCUAUGUGUGAAAAAGGAAGACAUUACUUGUAAGAAUGUGCACUCUCUGUAAUUGCAAGUCAAAGGUUGGUUAUUGUUUAAAAAUGUCCAUGCUAGUGUUCUCCUCCAUGUUUGAUUGGUCAGUUCUUGAAUUAGAAAACAGCAAAAAAAAAAAAAAAAGAGUAAGUGGACCUUUCCUUUUUCAAUAGGAACUUUUGAUGCCACCUUUAGUAAAUGACAGUUUUAGGUAUUUGGUGCAGCAGACACCUUGGGGUCAUUUUGACCUGUCAAAGCAGGAAAGGCACAGAUGGAAUUAAUAAGAUUAAGGGUGGUUGCAUUUCAUUUAGGUGAGCCAGCUCCAGGGCACUGGGAUUGUGCAGGCUCACCGACAUGGCUUUACUAGGACGCUCAAUGAAAUACAGCCAUUGUUAAUGUUAUUAUUUACCCCUGUGCUUUUCCUGCUUUAACAAGUCAAAAUGUCUGCUGUGGAAAGGGUCUGUUCCAGACAUGUGCAUGUGCCUUUUGACAACCGCUCGCAUUCUCCCCACAGAUGCACUUCUGACCUUUGACCUUUACUUUUAUCCCUGUUAAACUUCCUUCCCACCGUGACCUGCAUGUCUGCUGUGUAUUUGAAGAGAUAACCUCUUUCUAUGCCAGUCAGAGUGGCGUUAACACACUGUCCAUGCUUCUUCUCUGUCUCACAACACACACUCCCCCUGUCUUUGACACACUCACUCUCUUCUCUGACCGCACACGCUUUCUGUCUCCCUCAAAACACAAACAACACUGCUCUCUCUUGCUGUAUCUCUGGCACACACACACACACACACACACACACAUAUAAAUCUGUCUCUGUGUCAAUAUUCUUUUAAUCUCUUUGGCCUUCUUUUGGUAUUCAACCCCUCUGACCCUGUUGCUAAAAAGCAAUUCCCUCUCAGCCUCUCCUCCUCAGCUAUCUGUUCCUUCACUUUAUUUUUGAUCCAGUCAGCUCUCUUCUCUACUCCCCUCUGCUCUUUUACUGGGCCUUUUUCCUUUGCUAAUGCCCUUGCUUUGUAGCCUUUGACCUGGUGUCCUUCCUGGUUUGUGUGUCUGUGUGUGUUUAUGUGUGUUUGAGAAGGAGCCUUGGAGCAUCUGUGUGAGAGAGACCUGGCAUGAAUAGAUACAAACUCCUUGAAACAAUUUCAACAUCUUGAUAUGUGCGUAACAGACAUGCAGCCUAAAGCCUCAUUACGUUGACAUGGCUGACAUUCAGAUUUACUCAUCAUUAACAAAGCCACCCCCCUUACACACACACAAACAUUCAUAUUUACACACAGGCAUGGCAUGCGCACACAUUUGGAGUGUGAUCUCUUUGCAGUAAUUAUCAUAGCAGGGCAGGCAUGCACACGUGUCCCUGGGGAAUCUGUGCAAGUUGCUCGUAAACACACACACGCUCCAGGGAGUGGCGUGUGUGUAUAACUAAGCCCUUGUUCGUCACUGGGCGUCCCUGAACACCUCUCUCCUGCGUGGUUAUGGUCGUUCCGGAAUUCUGCCAUCCCGUGAGCCCUCCCACACCCUAUAAUUAGUGUCACCCGGGCAACCGGAGAAAGAAUGCUCAGCAUUCUUGUCGUCGUGGUAACUGCGUAAGUGCGGGGGCCGGAGGUGCUGGUUGUAGGUGUUGUUAAUGACAGGGACAAUGAGACCUCAGUCUGCCACCUUAUGUGGUGUAUCAGUAAAACUGAAAUCUGUGUGUGUGUGCGCGCCCCUUACAUGCCACAUAGAGCCUCAAACAGUUUAUGAAAGUAGACCCCCAUUCCAUGUUUGCUUGAUUACAGCGAUUGCUUAUAAUAGCUCCAGACACACACAGACACACAAACGUACAAAUACAUAUAACCUCAGGAAAUAACCAACCAUGGUGGGAUUAAACUGUGAGUUGGACCUGGGGCAAUAAUUUGCUCUUGGGCUCCCACUGACUGCCCCCAUUUCCUCCCUCUGUGAGUACCUUGUUGUCCUCAUGUACACUGCACACAGCAGACUGAACUUGACAACUUCACUAUAUUUUCCUGUAGAGCCAGACAAGAACCAGAGCUCUUGUUGGAAAUCUACCAAGCCCCAAGUUUGCUGUAAUUUUUACAACUUUAUUUAAGAAUAUGCACCAUGUCUGCUUAAUAUGUACUAGUCCAGUUGGUCAAUAAAUGAAGCAGAUAUACAAUAUAUUAAUUAAGUUAAAUUAAUUAAUUAAUUAAUUCAUUCAUUUUGAAGCUGGAUUCUGACCUGGGCCCUUCUACUAGACAGGACCUAAAGAUUGAGAAUAGCCACAGUUGAUAUUUAACUUUAGUGGUGCAAAUUCCUUAACAGAUUUGCAAUUAAUCAAAUCACCAAAUACUAAAUGACUUGCAGUGAAACUUACCCCUUGCAGGAUAGUCGCUCUCUUUGCCAGCAAACCAACAGAGGCAGUAAGUCAGCAAUGAAAGGUUUGUGAAUGUGUAUACAGCAUUCACAGAAACUCAUAUACACAACAGCAGUGUAGGCUCACAAUUCACUUGGCAGUAAAACUGUAGUAUUGCAGCAUCAAGUCAUUGGUGGGGAAUCAGUACAGGGUCAGAGUCCUCACAGAGCUAACUCUCUAAAAGCCCAGGAAGCCCACAGCUUCACAUGGGUCACUGAAUUUUCACAAACUUCAACAGAUGGGUCUCUAGUUCUCUCUGCUGUCCAUUUUUAGUUACUGCAAUGCUUCAGGCUAUAGAAUCCUGGGGGCUUAACAGUCAUUGAACACAAUGUUCCCUGCACUAACUGUUCACAUGGAACUGCACCUACUUUGGCACAAUCAAUGCCACAGUCUUCAGUUCUUAAUUUGAUUUUUUUUUUUUUUUUUUUUUUUUCUUGACCAUUUUGACCUGCUCUCCCUUCCGGGGUUACUGUGUAUUUGAAUGAUUAAAUAGAAAAUUGCCGAGUAGAUAUAUAACUGACUUCUAGUAUACUGUGUGAAAUUAGGUAUCCAAACACCAAGUUCUUAAUAAAAAUCUGUUAAAUUGAA